UAGCCUAUGUCUAGAUUACUUUUAGAUAGCGAAUUAAUCAUUAAGUUUCGAUUUUCGUCGAAUAUACAGAAAUAUCGCGAUGAUUUCUGGCCAGGAUACUUGCAUCAGCGUAACCAUGUGAAGCAUUAUUUUUCUCCUAAUUUGCGUCUCUGUUAAGACGUAACGAUUAAAACAUUCGCAGGCGUAAUGAAAUUGACGCUAGAAGCUUGUAACUUUUUCGUAGACGCUGAAAUUCUAGUGUUUGAUUAAUAUCCCCUUGGAACCGUAAAUUUGGAAACUGUGACAGUAUUAUAGGAACAUUGAUACGAUGAAACUAAUUCCACUUUAACAUGGAACAAUGUACCAAAAAUUAUUAUAAGCCUAGAUGUAAUUCAAUCACUAAUUCAGACAAAUAUUUUAAUACUUUUCAUCGUUACCAUUUAAUGUAUUGAACUAUACAUAUCUUCUUUUAUUUGUAUACGAAUGAAAUACGCGAGCCAUAUAGUUUAGCGAUGAUUAUUUAUCUGUUACGUAAUUAACAUUUGAUUUCAGGUUGAUUUAAAUUAGAUAGAUAAUUUAAGGAGAACUUAUGUCAAUAUAUGUAUGUAUUAAAAUAAUUAAUUCGACAUAUCUUUAUUUUCAAUGAGAAUUCUAAAAGUUUCAUUUUCUUUUAAAUAUCUGAAAAUCUUUCUUAUUAGACGAUAGAAUUUCGAUUGACUUUUUUUUCUUUGAAUUUAGAACAUAAUUAUAAUUAGAAUAAGAAUAACUAUAUUCAUAACUAUAACUUUAACCAAUAUUUUUCCAUUUAGUUUAUGCUUUGACACCAGUUGAGGUUUCGAUAAUAAAAUAUUAAUUAACAAUAAUUAUAAUUUCUCGAGUGUGACGUGUGAUAGUAGUUAUCUUUUUCAUAAUUUGAUGACAUUCGUUCUUGUCAGUAUACAUUAUACUUUAUUUUCACAAAGAUGGUGGAUGCUUUGCAGAAUUGGAGUCCUUAUGCCAAAAAAUACGAACCCUUGAAAGCAGGUAGCAUCGAUGGUACAGAUACAGAACCACAUGAUAAAGCUAUUAGUCGUGCGAUGCAAGCACAUUAUGAACCACCUCAUGGAUUAAAAUCAAAACCAGAAAGGACAUUAUUUGUCGCCAGAUUUGGUCCAAAAAUUACCAAACAUGAUUUAAAGGAGUUUUUUUCUAGAUAUGGAGAAGUUGUAUCGGCAAAAGUUAUAGUUGAUGUUGUAACUGGAUUAUCUCAAGGUUAUGGAUUUAUUGAAAUGAGAAACGAAGAUGAAGCUAGAAGAGUAAUUAGACGUUGCGUAGAUGCUACGUUAAAAGGCUAUCAAAUUUUUAUAGAUUACGAGUGUGGACGUACUUUGCAUGGGUGGAAACCAAGGAGACUUGGUGGUGGUUUUGGUGGCAAAAAGGGGUCAGGUCAACUUAGAUUUGGUGGAAGAGAUAGACCUUUUAAAAAACCAAUCGUACCUCAUAUUAUUAGGUCAAAUCCUCAUCACGAACAACAUUAUCAUUAUGAAGAACAUCAUCAGUAUCAAGAACAUCACCAUCAAGGACAUCAACGUUAUUACCAACAUUAAGAAAGUAUCCAUAAUUAAAAUCUUUUAAUAACUUUAACAUUAAAAUAUGUUGUAAUAAUGUUGUCGUGAUGUACCUGCGCUUGUUCAAAGAUUUGUUUGUAGAUUUUGUAAUUUUGACUUCAUUCUGGUAGAAAUAUUUGAAAUCUACACUUAUUUUGUGAAAUAUAUUUUAACGUAUUAUACGUUAUAAGUAAUGUAUAAAUUAAGAAGUAAAUAUCACUUACUAAAAAUAAAAUAAAUUUAAUGUCAGAAAGUUUUAACGAAGAAACAAAUGUUUAAUAUUUCUCCUGAUUAUUUUCUAAAAUAGAAUUGAAAAAUACGUAAAACAUUCUGUUUUUUUUUUCUUACUAAAUCUGUGCUAUAUCUAAACCAUUGCAAUAUAUUUCUAAUCGUUGUCUGAUGUCAUUUAAAGAAUCCUUUUUUUUCAGCAUACCAUAAAUUGUAACCGAUGCCAAAACCAUCACUGUGAAAUAUGUUGUUUUCGUUUCCAAAAAUUACAAAACAUGUUCUAGAGAGAAUAGCACUCUUUCCAAAAUAAAGCACGAACGUCCUAAAACAA